AUGGCAUCGUUAAAUUCAGAUAACUCUAAUAAAUUUCCUCGCAAUAAGAAAAGAGAAUCCAAUGGCCGGGGAGGGUCAGACAAUGGAAAUUCAAGAAAACCACCUCCACAAAAAUGGCGAUCAGCUGGUGAUAAACGACCGAGAUCCAGAACAUCUAAUACCUUUGACCGUCAAAGAGAAGAGGUAGUACAGAGUUAUCAAGAAGAAUAUGGUUCUAUGUAUGGUCCCAAAAAGGGCAAUUUAAAUCAUUUGCUGAAUUUUUCCUUUGCUCCAAGGGAAGUUGAUGCAUUUGUUGGUGGGAAUGUGAAAAGAACAAAAACUAACAGAGUCAGAUUUGAUAAGAAGCGAUUUCUUCAAGCAAAUUGUCAGUUUAUAGUUAAAGAUACUGGUGAUUAUUCUCUACAUACUGCUGAUCCUGAUAUCUUAGUUGACUGGAAUCUUGUUGAGCUAGUUAGAUUAUACAGUCACAAUGAGCCAGCUUGUCCUAUCUGUAUGGAUACACCUGUAGCUGCUAAAGUAACUCGAUGUGGACAUAUAUAUUGUUGGUCUUGUAUCUUACAUCUAUUAUCAUUGGAGGAUGGUUCAUGGGCAGAAUGUCCUAUCUGUUAUAGUCCUGUAUUAGCAAAGGAUUUAAGAAGUGCUGAAUCUGUGAUUAUCAAGUCAUAUAAAAUAGGUGAUAUAAUAACUAUGAAGCUAAUGAAAAGGGAAUGUGGCACCAACUAUUCUGUACCGAAAGAUAUCUGGUCUGAUAGACAGGGUAAACUUCAUAGAUAUUUAGAGGAUAUUAACAUAACUAAGUAUAUGAAGUUAUUAGCGGCCUCAGCUAGUGAGAUACUACAACAUGUAGUAGAUAGAGAGAAGACUAGCUUACAAACACAACUCAUAGACACUGAGGACUCUGAAGUUUGUUUCAUUGAAACAGCAUUAGCUCAACUUCAGGAGAGGGAGAAAGACCUGGUAAUGCAGGCAUUAGUAGAGACAAGUUUUAAUAAAUUUGACAAGAUGGCUCAACGGAAAGGAGACACAAAAACUGACGAUAAAAUCAAAGCUACUGCUAGUUUAACAGGAGAUAUAGACAGAAGAGUGAAAACAUUAUCAGUUGGUUCCACAACUUCAGAUGAAUAUCCUGAAAUUACUGCUGGUAGAUUUAAAACAUUCUCGGAGAGUUCUGUAUCGGAUAUUGAGGGUGCCCUAGAGAGUUGUAGUGAUAUGCCUACUAGUCAAUCUGUUCCCAGUGACCUAGGAGCCUGUGCUGCUGAAAUGAUAGAAGAUGUAACUAUAUCUGAAGAAAGUUACACAGAGCCUGAGAUGUCCACUGAUAUGAUGAACACCAAUAUACACAAGCCCAAGAAUAAACGUGUUUAUGUUUCUAAAAAUGGAUAUCACUGUUUUCAAGCUGAAGAUGGGCAACAAAUUUAUAUUCACAAUUUGAAUUCACGUUGUUUAACUCAUGAAUAUGGUAGUCUAGAACAAUCACCAGCCUCUAUAACAGCUAGAAUAAUAGAUAUUCGUACUAUGAAUAUGAGUGAAGAGUUACGAUCACGAACUAAGUAUCUGAAUCAUCUACCAUUAUCUAGUGAAUUUCAACAAGUUGAGUUGGAUCUUAAACCACCUAUAGUAUCUAGACCUACCCUUGAUUUAUUUCAUAGUGAAAUAGAUAGAAAGAAAAAAUCACGGAUAAGAAAAGAGAAGAGUGAAAGACAAAGAGAAAAACAAAUCAGUCUAGAGGAGGACAAGAGGAUGGGAAAAUAUCCUGAGUUGAAUAUAUCAUUGAAGAGUGAAUAUCAGUUCCCAUCACAUAUUAAUAGUUAUAAUGACCAUCCUGUAUUAUCAGUCCAGAGUCAGAGUGUCAGUGUAGAUAGUCCUGUAUCACCUGAUAUCACUACCCCAUCACCUCCUGAUGAUAGACAAUCCCUAUCCUUCGCACAAAUGUUGAGAAAUGGUCCAACUAAGAGUCCAGUACAAGCUUGGCCUAAACUUCAAUCUAAAGCCAGCAGUAGUCCAGUAGUGAAAGAAGAGAAGACUACAGUAUAUAUUGAUAGUGAUGGUGAAGAACUAGAAGAUUAUACCCCUGUACCCGAAUUUAAACAAUCAUUUGGUAAUGCUCUACAGGCAGCUUUAGAUAGCGCCACUGCCAAAUCAGAAUCCAAAUCAGCUGGGAAACAGAAGGAUGGGAAGAAGAAGAAAAAUAAAAAAGUGAAAUUAUUAUUUUCUACAUCAAUGAGUAGAGGAGCUACAGAAUAG